AUGCAGUUUCUACCAAGAUUGAGAAUUAUUUCAGAUGUCUACGAUGACACGGACAGUGAUCAGUCCUCUGCAAAAGUAUCGAUUAUUGACACAGUCUCAUUGGAAGACCAAACUAAGAAACUUUCCAUUGCAAUCCAGGAAGAAGUCACAUCAUUCGAUGGUAAUGAUUCAGUGUUGCGAUUGAAGAAAAACUUUCCUUACGAGUUGAGAGAUGAGAAAGACAGGAGAUGGUACAGUUACUUCAACGAAUACGAGUAUAGAUUAAACAAACAUUAUCGCAACACAAAGCGUGGUGCAUGGUACGAAUUUCUUUAUCCAAAUCAUUCCAAAAAAUCACGAGCUGAAAGACAUCUGCUCUACAAGCUUGACAUGGUCAUUGCUUUCUAUUUCCUAAUGCUUUGUUGGUCAAAAUCGGUCGAUACAUCAAACUACACUAACGCAUAUGUCUCAGGAAUGAAAGAAGACCUACAUAUGAAAGGUAACGACUUUAUAUACACAUCCACCAUUGCAAAUGUCGGGUCUAUUAUAUUCCAAUUGCCGUUUAUGUAUUUGUUGCCAAGAUUCCCAGCCCAUAUUAUCCUGCCUUGUAUGGAUAUGGGCUGGACCUGGUUCACUUUUGCAUGCUACAGAGCCAAAUCCCUAGCUGAAUUAAGGGCAUAUAGGUUCAUCUUGAAUGCAUUUGGAGCAGCCUACUAUCCAGUUUCGCAGUAUAUUUUGGGAUGUUGGUACGCUCCAGAUGAACUGAGUUCAAGAGUAUGCAUGUUCUACUGUGGUCAAUUAUUAGGCACAGUGACAUCGGGUCUAUUGCAAAGUAAAAUAUAUGAUGCUUUGAAUGGAGUGCAUGGUAUAGCAGGUUGGCGUUGGAUGUUCCUCAUUGAUGCAGUGGCUAUUUCGUUGCCAACGGCUAUCAUUGGCUUCUUUGUCAUUCCUGGGGUUCCAUCGAAAUGUUAUUCUUUGUUUCUCACUGAUGAAGAAAUCAGGAUCGCUAGGACAAGAAAUAGAUUGAAUAAUAUUAAAGAUGCUGUCCCAAAGGAGGAAUUGAAGAAACUAUGGGAUCUUUCCAUUUGGAAAAAAGUAUUCGGAACCUCUACAUUUUGGGUUCUUGUCGUGUUUGAUGCUUGUUCUUGGAAUAAUUUUGGUUCAACAGGUGGUGCGUACUCACUAUGGUUGAAAGCAAACCCUGAUUAUUCAAUUUCAAGAGUCAACCAAUUAAGCGCUCUUCCUGCCUCACUGGGCUUCUUCUAUGUCAUUUUAUGUUCUUUUGGUGCAGAUCUCUUCAGAUGCAAAUGGAUAUUUAUGGUAUUCGCUGCAAUAAUGAAUACUAUCUCAUGCGCCAUUUUGAUUAAGUGGGACGUCUCUGCUGCUACAAAAUGGUUUGCAUUUUUACUAACAUAUUUCAGUGUUGCUGCUUCGCCAUGUCUUUGGACAUUUAUCAAUGAUUUCCUAAGAUUCGAUCCUCAAAUCAAAGCUGUCACUUGGAUAGCGAUCUAUUCUGUAUCUCAGUCGACUUACGCAUGGAUCCCAACACUGGUUUGGCCUACUGUCGAUUCGCCAAGAUUCAAAACAGGGUAUAUAUCCAGUUUGAUUUUUGGUGCUAUAUAUGGUUUGUGGACAUUUGUGGUAUUGUAUUUUUAUAAAAGAAAUGAAAAAAGAAAUGCAUUAAACAAUGGUAUAAUCAUAUAUAAUUCUGACAAAGAAGAGAAACCAGCAUUUGUGGAGAACAUGCUUACUGAGGAUGAGGAUGGUUUUUACUAUAGAAACGACAACAUUUAA